GUAAAAACUACGCACUCAUUAAAAAAAAUAGCAAAAAAAAUCUUUCUCUUCUCCUACUGUUCCUUCCACGGAUUCGACUUCUUCUUGCCCACUUAGGGUUUUCAGUCUCUCUUCCUGUAUUGCCUCUUUAAGAAACUUUUGUAAGGGAAUGAGUUUUUACCUGUGAUUUGAAUUUCAGAUGGAUUUGUAGCCUGGAUAAGCGUUCAAUGCUCAAUUGACUGAGCACUGCAUGUACACUUGGGUUUUUAUUUGUUAUCUGCAAUUAUUGCCACCUGUGGAGCUGACAUGGAUGAUGGUGUUCAUCGUGAAAAUGGCAGGCACAAAGCAGAUGAAUAUAAAACAGCUCAGGGCCAGUGGCUGGUGCAACCACAGCCAUCCAUGAAACAGAUCAUGGGCAUCAUGGCUGAAAGAGAUGCUGCCAUUCAUGAGAAGAACAUGGCCCUUUCAGAAAAGAAGGCGGCUAUUGCAGAGAGAGACAUGGCAUUGCUGCAGCGAGACUCGGCAAUUGCUGAGCGAAAUAAUGCCCUACUGGAGCGAGACAAUGCUAUUGCAACUCUGCAAUAUCGAGAGAACUCCUUUGCAAGUGCUAACACAUCCUCUAGUCCACCAGGAUACCAUAACUCGCGUGGGAUGAAGCACAUGCAUCACCAGCAGCAGCAUAUUCAUCUGCCUCUCAUGAAUGAAGGUGCAUAUGGUACUAGGGAAAUGCAGACAAGUGAUACUGUGCCAAUAUCACCUGUUGCUUCUGAGGCUGCAAAGCCACGUCGGGGUAAACGACCAAAGGAUACUAAGUCAACCCCAGCUAAUAAAAAGACCUCAAAAUCAGCAAUGAAGGUUAAGAGGGAGAGCGAGGACUUGAACAACAUGUUUGGAAAGUCAAAUGAGUGGAAGAAUGGGGAGGAUAUGAAUGGUGGAGGUGAUGGUCUAAACAAACAGCUGGCAGCAUCUAAGUCUGAUUGGAAGGGUCAAGACCUCGGGUUGAACCAGGUUGCUUUUGAUGAAACAACCAUGCCAGCACCAGUGUGCUCCUGCACUGGAUUCUUUAGGCAGUGCUAUAAAUGGGGUAAUGGUGGAUGGCAGUCUUCGUGCUGCACAACUGCCUUGUCAAUGUACCCCCUACCUGCAGUGCCCAACAAGCGGCAUGCUCGUGUUGGUGGGCGAAAAAUGAGUGGGAGUGCUUUUAGCAAACUGCUUAGCCGACUUGCAGCUGAAGGCCAGGAUCUGUCAAAUCCAGUUGAUCUCAAGGAUCAUUGGGCCAAGCAUGGAACUAAUCGCUACAUAACAAUUAAAUAGAUGAAGAAAUCUGCGAAUCAAUGGAUAAACAUGGAAACGUCAUGUAGUGUUCCUUAGCUGUAUGUAUCCUCAAUUUUUUUUUUUUUAUUUGCUGUGGGGAAAUAAUGAUUAGAUAACAGCCACAAAGUAGGUUAUCAUGCAAGUGAGACCCACCGCAUUUCUUUUUCCUACAGAGUCUUGUCGUCAAGUGGGGAUGUAUUUAUGGCAGUUAUCCACGGAACUCUGGUUAAAUGUCAAGGGUCAUUUGCAAAGUGGUUGAAUUCUUAUGAAUACAAGUAUUAAGUUAUAAUAGAAUCUGUUAUUCUAGGCA